AUGGCAUUCACAACAGACAACAAAGAUACCCUGGGAGGAUCAAACCCCGACGAAAUCCAUCGCGAACUACAUGCCUUGCUCCCUGAGCUAUCAGAACUUACGAAAGCGAAAUCAAAAGAUCAGGAAAAAGUCCUCAAUGAAUUAUUCAUUGAGCAGCUCUCCAGAAUGAUCUACGGCUCCAAUAUGAUCGAGUUUGCUGGAGGCAGUCUCGAGACCACACGCAAACUCUGCCGCAUGGUCUUGGACAAAGAGGGAGAGGACGUCUCGGAGGAGAUUACCGAGACUGACCCCGAUUAUGAUGACAUCCAACUGCAUCUGCAAAGCAGGGAAUUGCCGCACGACCAUGCACGGAUUCUCCAGAGUUACCGAGAAAUCGUUCAGCAUGCCCAGGCAGCAGAGUACAUAUUCGACAAAGUCGGGAAGGGUGAGGAUUUAUCACAGAGCAUCAUCAACGAAACGCACGCUAUCCUGACUUACAAGAUCGAUGCUGGGCAAACACCGUGGAUAUACUACAGCGGCGUGUACCGAACAUGCGACGUCAGAUGCGGUUCCCAUAUCUUUAUGGAUGAUAGCAGAGUCCCUUGCGCGAUGCGCGAUAUGAUCGAAGCCCUGGAAAGCGGUAUAGAAAAGGGCGAGAUGGAUAAAUUGGAAUUGGCGAGUAAAUAUUGCCAUCAAUUCGUCAAUAUCCAUCCCUUCGCCGACGGCAACGGCCGAAUGUGCCGCCUUGUUCUAAAUGCCUUGCUUCUUAGGUUUGGAUUCGGCGUUAUCUGCAUUGGGCAAACGAAACAAGAUAGACAGCUAUACCUACGGAUUGCCGUCGAGUCAAGUGCCUUGAAAGCCUCUCAGAACCAAGAGCACAUGGUUAUGAAUAACUACAAGGCACUGGCUUCGUUUGUGCUGCAGCACACUAGGGAUGAAAUUCUCAAAACUUGUCAAACCCUUAGAGGAGAUAUUCAGUAA